UUGUUUUCAGAUGAUUCUGUAUCUGCAGACAUUAAAUUAGAAGCUGAAAGUGAAAAUGGUUCUGUAGAAGAUAUUCCAUCACAUAUUGGACCAAAUACAUAUCAUCCAAAACAUGCUCUGAAAAUAUCUAUUAAUGAGUGGCUACCAGAAUUUUAUCGCACUAAAAAUGCUUAUGGGCAGGUAAUACCAGCUCCAUUUGUUCCAGCUCCAAUUCCUGCUUGCCCUCCUCCAAUGUUAAACAGUGUACUUUCCAUUGCAAUGGCUCCUCCUGGAACUCAACCAAUUUUACCAGGAGGUAUGCCACCAAAUGCUCUUGCACCAGACAAUUCUACUUUCCAGCCAUUAAGUAAUGAAUUAGUAAAUUCUCUUAUAGCACCAAGACCAGUUCCAGAAGUCAAAGAGGAUGCUAUUUUAGAACCAAUGGACUGUAAUCCCUCCCCAAGUACAUCACCUAAACAUAAUGAUUCUCGUAUGGAUCAACCAGUUAGUCUUGAUGGUGAACCAAAAGACAUUUCUAAUAAUGAAGAACAACAAAAUGGUGGCUUAGAAAGUAUUGAUACUGCUGAAGAAAUGCAGACUGAAGCAGUUGAUAAUGCAAACCCAAAUGAUGAAGAUGAUAGACAAUUGACAUCUGAAGAUAUAGCUUUACUUGUUGAUCUUUUUUAUUUGCCUUUUGAACAUGGAAGACAAGGUGUACAAUUUUUACAAGAAUUUUUUUGGUUAAAAACACAUGGUCACACUGUGUCUGAAAAUAGGAGGAAAACUAAAGCAGAAAUGCAAAAUCCAGAAGUAGAAGAGUGGUACAGCAGAGCCAGUAAAUUUGAUCAGAUGACACAAACUGUUGGAAAGUUACUAAUUCGUCUAACAUAUUGUCAGAAUCGUUCUUUGCUAUAUGAUUUAUAUCCAUAUAUCUGGGAUAUCAAAGGUGUUAUAUCUUUGCUUAACUCCUAUGUAAAGUGGACAGCACUUGGAAGAGUACCAACAGGUGUGACCAGCUUCUUGUCUCCUCCAUUUACAUGGUUCUCAAAAGGUUAUAAGGAAGCAUUCAUGAGUGGAGAGCAAGAACCAUGGCUCUUUAGAGGUGGUCUGACUGCUGAAUUGCAAAGAUUAUUACCACUUGAAAGUGUAAGUGAUCUCUUCUUAUAUAAACCUCCAGAACUGCCUACAAGUAAAAUUUAUACAAUACGUCCUUAUUUGGCAAGUGAUGAGGCUGCUGUAUAUGAAGUAUGUCGUAAGACUUGUGAUGAUGGAGGAGAUGGCAGUGAAGUAUUUCCCGAUUAUCCAAAUCUUAUUGGAGAUAAAUUGGUUGGUGGCUUUUUAUGUUUGAGCCCAGAAUAUUGUUUUGUUGUGGAAGAUGAAUCUGGUGUUUGUGGUUAUGCUCUUGCUGCCCUUGAUGCUCAACAGUUUCAAAAGAAGUUAGAAAUGGCUUGGAUAACAGAACUUUGUUCAAAAUAUCCUGCUCCUAAAAAAGAUAAUGGAGAAAUGAUGACACCAUCAGAGGAAAUAAUUAGCAGUUUCCAUAAUUACAAAUGUGCUAUGCCUGAAGAAGUUUAUAAACAUCAUCCUUCUGUUGUAAGAAUGGGAAUUCUUCCAACUGUGUCUGACCUAAGUGUGCCAAAACGCCUUCUAGCAUGUGUGUUGUCCACAUUAAAAGCAAACGGAUCCCAUGGUCUGUUCAGUGAAGUGAACGUAGGUGACAAAACUGUUGUAGAAUUUUAUUCCAAACUUGGGUUUCUGGAAAUUUCAUUACCCAGUUACACUUGUGAGGAUACUUUUUAUCUUGGAAGAACAUUCUAACCAAUGUAUCUUUAUACACCUGUAUAAAUGUGUUUAUCAUCAUGUGGCUUUGCUUCGUAAGAAGCGAUGUAUAAGUAAGUGCAUUGCAUUUAAGUGUAGUGUAAAGAUUUUGAUGCAGUUUCCUAUUUUGAUAGGGUGUAUUAAUUUUUGUUUAAAAGCAUUGGGAAAUUUGUAUCUGUGUAAAAUAAAACUUGUCAUGUAAUACA